AUGGAUCAGGUCAAGUCCGCUACUGAGCAGCAAACUAUGUUGCACAUCCUGGUGACAGGAGCUAACAGCGGUCUCGGAUUCUCUAUAUGCUGCCGCCUUGCCGACGAGUUCCUCUCCUCACACCCAGAAUCCGAAUCCCUCACUAUAAUAUUCACAACUCGAAGUGCGCGCAAAGCCCAAGACACAAUCCAUAGACUGGAAGCACACCUACAAUCAACCUCCCCCUCCACAUCUGCCGCAGCGCGCGUCCACUUCGUCUCGGAGAGCGUCGACCUCGGUGAUCUCCGCUCAUCCACACUCUCUCCCCGGCUUGACUCGAUAGUCCUCAAUGCUGGACUGGGCGGCUGGUCCGGCAUCAACUGGCCCAGGGCUAUUUGGGACGUAUGCACAGAUCUCCUCCACUCGGUGACCUGGCCGUCCUACAAGCUCGCGCCGACAGGCGUGCUAACAGGCAAGCAAACAAAGACAGAAGAAGAGCCCGCACUCGGAGCGGUCUUUUGCGCAAAUGUCUUCGGGCACUACAUGCUGGCGCACAACGUGGCUCCGCUGUUGAAGCGGGCACGCACGAACGGGCCCGGGCGCGUGGUCUGGGUUUCCAGUCUUGAGGCGACUUGGAACUUUUUUAAUGUUGAUGAUAUCCAAGGUUUGCGCACUGAUGCGCCAUAUGAGUCUUCUAAGGCUCUCACUGAUAUCCUCGCGUUGACUUCCAAUCUGCCGAGCACGGUCCCCUGGUCGGUCGAUAGCUUCUUGCAGUCCGAGACGGAGCUUGACACCCAUGCUGUCCACACAGAUGCUCCCGAUGCGACCCCGCGCAUGUAUCUCUCUCACCCUGGUAUCUGCGCCACCUCGAUCAUCCCGCUUGUUCUUCCUCUUGCGUGGGCGAUGGUUGCCGCUUUCUGGGCUGCAAGGAUGCUGGGUUCGCCCUGGCAUACAUUGUCUACUUACCUCGGCGCUUGUGCUCCGGUGUUCCUUGCGUUGGCAUCGCAGGCUGACCUUGAAGCCGCCGAAGAGCCUUACCACCGGGCCGGUGGGGGUGGUAGAGCGAAAUGGGGCUCAUCUUGCGGGCGUCUUGGAAUUGAAAGUGCGGUUUCUACCGAGGUCGAUGGCUGGGGACAUGGUGGUGUUGUCGGCGCGCCUGUUGUCGAGGCUGAUCGGCUCCGACGUCGCAAGCGUGGCGCAAAAGAUCUUACCAAGGAAAAGAGGGAAGAGUUCGAGGAACUUGGACGCCAGUGCUGGAAACAGAUGGAAGAGUUGAGAAUUCAAUGGGAUGAGAUCUUGGAUCAAGCCGAGGCUCGUUCCUAG